GAGAGAAGACACUGCGGCUCACUGGAGAGAAGCCCCACAGCUGACCUGCAGGAACAAGAUGGAUCAAAGACUCAGCGUCGCCCUCCUGCUCCUGGGCCUGACGGUUCUUGUGGACGGACAGACUGUGGCAGCUCCGUUCACGGGAAACAUCACCCGGAACGGCUGUGGAGCUACUAAAUUCUGCAUUGAGACUCCCACAGGCUGUGACCCGGCUUCCGGUGGAAACUGUCUCUUUGCGUCCGCCGCUAGAGACACAACGAGCACCACCGGCAUUUCUUUUAAUCUCCAGGGAAACUCGAGCGGCUACAUCGCUGCCAUCUUAUCAACCGCCGACAACAACAGCAUGGGAGAUGCCUUUGUGUGUGCUCAGAACGCAAGCGAUACACUGUUCUAUCGCGCACUCUACUCGAGUAAUGGAUCCAGCCUGAGUCCACAAAUUCUCAAUAACGCAGUUGGCAACAUCACCGGCACAACCAUGAACAAUGUCAUUAAGUGCGCCUUCAUUGUGAGAAAUCUCACAAGGAGCAGAGCUUUAGCACAAUAUUCCAUCUCUCUGGCUGUUGGGAGUUUAGUGAACGGGCAACUCGGGACCGCAACAUUAAGAGUUCAAAGUAACGGCACAGUGAAUCUACUGAACACAAACUCUACGAACACCACUGCUCCUUCCGGUGGGAACAGGCCUGCCUUCGUGGCCAUGCACGGGCUGUUAGUCCUGGUAGCUGGGCUGCUCGUCGGGGUGCAGUUCUGAGGAUCAGAGUUACCCGGACGCUGAAGAAGAUUAUCAGCGCCGAUUCUGGCGAGCCCCUUUGAGACCCGCCGCUGAUCGACCGUCCUCGUUUCUUUUUAUAAAAGCGCAGAUAUAUUUGUUAUGAAAGAGGCACUUUUAUGCGCGAGGUAAAAUCUUAUCUGAGCAGAAACGGCAUCGGUGAAACCCACCGAAAGCCGAAAAGACAAAAUGCACUAGUCACUGUGAGCAAUACGGCUCAUCAUUUCGGCACAUAAAAAAAAGAGAACAAAACUUUAGGCUCUGAGGAUUAAAGUACUGAAGCCGUAUUACCAAAAAAAAAAAGUGUCUCUUGAUUAAUCUAAAACUAACUUAUAGAAGGAAAGCAGUAUCUACUAAUCAGACUAUAAUAUAAUACUCUAGACACUAACGGGUCUCUCAGGGAUAUAGGUUGUGUGUUUUAAACCUUGACAAGUCCAGCUGAAAUUUCCUCUUUCCCCAAACCAGUCUUAGCAGAGCAGGCUGUGAUUGUCUGCUGCAAUGCACAAUGAGUUGAUGACCAAACAGUCUCGUCUUUUCGGGAUCAACCCAUGGAAUUCUGACUCAUUCCUCUAUCCUGGCCGUACUGGAGCGCCGUACAUUGUCAUUUCGAUGUGCCCCAGUUUAGUUUUUUUUUUUAACGGAAAACUAGUAAUUGAAAUUCAUCACCCCCCGAUAAACGGUAUUCCGUUCAAAACGGAUCAGAACUCCUUAGCACACCAGGUGUCCGGAAUGACCGUGUUUCGAUCCGAUAUCAAGGUUUAACAGACUUCAAAUCGCACAACGCGAUGCACGGACAAGGGCACACGGAGAAGGGAAAAAAAGUAAUCAAUUCUGCAUGAAAAACUUUAGAGGGAUUUCCAAAAUAAACCCGAUAUACUGUUCAGUAGCGAUAACACAACAGGAGCCCUGCCUCUGUGUGAUCUUCGCAAGACUACAGAUCCCGUAUGGGUUGGCUUGGGAUGGACGCCCAAUCUUGAAAGUUUGCUUGACCUACCUCCUGCAAAAGAUGCAGGUCAUGGAGUCCUUCCCGAAUCCCAAAUCUGUUUGCCAGUUGUGCCCUUGUCAAGUCUGUGACUGGCCAGGAACGUAAGAUUAAAAUAACACGUCUGCACUGUUUUCUUUUUGUACUCUUUAUUAAAUGUUGUUCUUCGCUUUGGCUGGAUUAAACUGUGUAAAAUGUAUGCGGUAUAUUAAACUAAUAAGUAUUCUGA